CAUAUAAAAUAUCUAUUAGAUAAUAAAUGUCUAAUAAUUACAAGAAAAACUAUGUAUUUAAACAAUAUGUUUGACUUGCUGUGGUUGGUUGGUCUGGAAACAGCUGGCUUCUGUGGUCCUGAGUCAUUGAACAGCCGUCCGAACACAUUCACUUUUUCUGAAUCACCACAUGGACUCAGUCGGCACAUGACUCCUCAAAUAAACACGGGUAUCACUAAAAAAUGUUUAUUCUUCCUCCAUAGAGUUGAUUAGAACCCACAGACCUGAGCGUCUGACUUCAGCUCAGAGUCACCUUUGGACACGAGUCGUCCUCGGAGGUGGUGGUGCGGAGCAGAAAUAUGAACAUGUAGGUGAGGUGUUGCUCAACUCGUUCCAUGACUCACUGUGUUAUUUAGAUAGUUUUAGAAUGGAGCCCAACAAAGGCAGGAAUCACUAAAACACUGUGGCGUGGCCUCUGACUCACAGGGACUGCAGUGACUAACUAACCAGAUAUGUAAUGAGUUCAAGACUCUGGUUGAACGCCCUGGCCCAGUCUGACCUGGCCCAGUGGGAGGGAGGAUGUGAGGGCCGGGGCAGGGUGGGCCCCCUCAUAGGUGUGGCGCAACAAAGAAUUCAAGGAGGGUGAAAUGGCAGGAUGUAGGUGAGAGCUGGCAUCUGAGGGAACCAGGUAGACAACAGAGGAUAGAUUUAGGUCAGGACAGGAAGUCCAGCCCCAGAAGAACUCCAGUUAUUUCUGCCGUAUGGACCCCCGGUCUUGAAAGUAUGGUACUUUCUGUUUGUGGUCUAAGGUUUUUUUCCUGUCUGGAGAUGGCUCUUCCGCUCUGCUGAUGCUGUAAACUCUGAGCUGGGGAGUUUCCUUCUGUUAGAGCACACACUCCUCCUCCUUCACCUCCCCUUUUUCUGAAUGAAUGUCCUCUCCUUAACCUCAGUGUAAGAGGACACUGCCCUCCGCAGUAAGCUCGGCCCCUCGGUAAGUCGGGCUAUAAGAGAGGCCACCGUCAAACCUGUGAGGGUGACAGUCGGGGGUGGGGGGUGGACGAACAAAGAGGAAGAGCAGUGAGAGACGGCGGCUGUGAAACAUGUGACAGUGUAAGCUUGGCUGGGGUGUCGGGAGAGUAACGGCUGUGGUUUCUCCAGAGCUCUGGGAAAGCACCUUUAUCCCAGAGAGAGAGAGAGAGAGACAGAGACAGCGAGAGAGAGAGAGAGUGUGUGAGAGAGUGUGUGUGUGUGUGUGUGUGUGUGUGUGUGUGUGUGUGUGUGUGUGUGUGUGUGUGUGUGUGUGUGUGUGUGUGCGUGUGUGUGUGUGUGUGUGUGUGUGUGUGUGUGUGUGUGUGUGUGUGUGUGUUAUAGAAAGUGAGAGCUGGUUCUGUAGCAUUGCUGCUGUCACUUUAAGCCUGUUACUGAUUACACUCACAAGAAUGCAGCGGGAGGAGGAAAAGAGAAAAGACUCAAGAAUGAAAUCUUUCAGGGAGUUUCGUUAAGCCCUCCGGCACCGGGGAAGACGACAAGUUCUUACCCUGUGGCUCUCAGCUCCACACAGAAGAAUCACAGGAAAAGCCAGAGGACACUGAGGAGCAAGAUAAACUGGAGGGUGGGGGUUCCCUCAAUCUGGAGUCAGCAUCAGGAGGAAAAUCACACCCAGAUGGAAACAAGUCUGUCAUUCACUAGCAGAUACUAGAGAUGGUGUUCCAGAACAUUCGUCCUUGCUCCACGGCUCUUCAGCAGCUGUCAGAUGCUCAGUAGGCAGUGUAGAUCCUGUGUAGCAAUCAGCAGCUACAUCUGGCUACUGGGUCUCUGACAUCUCUGCCUACAUGUUGUAAAGAGCAUCCACUUCGCUUGCAGAGGAUUCCGACCUCAUCACUGGCUGUGAAGACAGGGACAUUAUGUCAUGAUGAUUCCUCCACUUCUUUUUCUUCUAAAUACCUUCUGUCUGAUGCCUUAAAAAGGUUGACUAAAUGUUAAAGGGAGACCUUUGCUCUCUCCAGAACCUGGCAUACAGUGUAGAUUCCUGUGUGGUUCAGUUCUACAGCUACAUUGUCUGCUGGGUUUCUGGCUGGCAACAUAAGCAGCUAUUAUUACUGAACGAAAUAAUCCAUUUUUACUGUCAGUGUUCCUGAUGCAGACCAAAAUGAAAAGAUUUCAGAUUAAAGAACUAAAUGACUCCUGCUGUCAUCGUGUGACUGAAUUUCAUUUCCAUUUGAGGAGGUAAAAGUGUCACAUUGUGCAGAAUGUAAUGCAAUCCAGUCUGUCGCGGGAGUUAACCCUCAGCAGGAACAUUCUGGGACAGCAGUGUUUUCCCUGCAGUCAACACACACGCGCACAAAGGAUUUCCUUUUUCCACCUUCGGAAUAUUGCUAAGAUUAGAAGCAUCCUUUCCAGGAGUGAUGCUGAAAAACUAGUUCAUGCAUUUAUUACAUCAAGACUGGAUUACUGUAAUUCAUUACUCUCAGGAAGUCCACAGAAUGUAGUUAAAAGUUUUCAGCUUGUCCAAAAUGCUGCAGCUAGAGUUCUGAUGAGAAUUAAAAAGAGAGAUCAUAUCUCUCCUGUCUUAGCUUCCCUACAUUGGCUGCCUGUUAAAUUCGGAAUAGAUUUUAAAAUCCUUCUUCUCACAUAUAAAGCUCUUAAUAAUCAAGCUCCAUCAUACAUCAGUGAUCUGAUUGUUCCAUACGUUCCUAACUGAGCACUUCGCUCUCAGACUGCAGGUUUACUGGUGGUUCCCAGAAUAUCUAAAAUUAGGAUGGGACGCAGAUCUUUUAGUUAUCAGGCUCCUCUCCUGUGGAACCAGCUCCCAGGCAGACACCUUGUCUACUUUUAAGAAUAGGCUUUAAGAAUGGGGCCCGGCCGGACCAAGCCCGAACCGGAUAUAUGGGCUCAUCCAACUGUGGACUCACCACCUGCAGGAGGAACAUGAAGGGUCCAGUGCAAUGUGGACCGGGUGGCAGGCCAAAGCGGGAGCCUUGGCGGUCCGAUCCCCGGACAAGAAAACAGUUUUUUGGGAAAUGGAACGUCACUUCACUGGCGGGGAAGGAGCAGGAGCUUGUGGCAGAGGUUGAGCGGCACCGGCUAGAUAUAGUCGGACUCACCUCGACACAUAGCAUUGGCUCUGGGACCCAAGUCCUUGAGAGGGGUUGGGCACUCUCCUUUGCUGGAGUUGCUCCGGGUGAGAGGCGAAGGGCUGGGGUUGGCUUUUUGUUAGCCCCAAGACUCUCUGCCUGUGAGUUGGGGUUUACCCCGGGGGACGAGAGGGUAGCUUCCCUGCGCCUUCAGGUCGGGGAACAGGUGCUGACUGUUGCUUGUGCUUAUGGGCCAAAUAUCAGUUCAGAGUUCUCACCCUUUUUGGAGUCCCUGGGACGAGUGCUAGAUAGUGCUCCAUCAGGGGACUCCAUUAUCCUGCUGGGGGACUUCAGUGCUCACGUGGGCAAUGACAGCUUGACCUGGAGGGGUGUGAUUGGGAGGAACGGCCCGCCUGAUCUGAACUCGAGUGGUGUUUCUUUAUUGGACUUCUGUGCAAGCCGCAGUUUGGCCAUAACGAACACCAUGUUCAAACAUAAGGAUGCCCAUCGGUACACUUGGUACCAGGGCAGCCAAGGUCGCAGGUCGAUGAUAGACUUUGUAGUCGUAUCAUCUGACCUGUGGUCGUAUGUUUUGGACACCCGAGUGAAGAGAGGAGCGGAGCUGUCAACUGAUCACCACCUGGUGGUGAGUUGGAUCAGAUGGCAGGGGAAGAUGCCGCGUAGACCUGGCAGACCUGGCAGACCCAAACGCAUAGUGAGGGUCUGCUGGGAACGCCUGGCAGAAGAACCUGUUAAGACAGUCUUCAACUCCCACCUCCGGCAGAGCUUUGACUCCGAGUGGGCCUUGUUCCACUCUGCGAUUGUUGAGGUGGCUGUUGCUAGCUGUGGUCACAAAGUGGCCGGUGCCAGUCGUGGUGGCAACCCUCGUACCCACUGGUGGACACCAGAGGUUCGGAGAGCCAUCAGGCUGAAGAAUGAGGCCUACAGGGCGUGGCUGGUCUGUGGGUCUCCGGAGGCAGAUAGCCAAGUGGGUGGCAGCAGUGGCAGUUUGCCAAGGCAAAAUCUCGGGCGUGGGAGGAGUUUGGUGAGACCAUAGAGAAAGAC